AUGUCUUUUAUUAUCCAAAUUAAUAUUCCUGUCCAAUUCCAUGAUGAAUGUGAUAACAAAAUUGAUGACAUUGUUGCUCAAUUAUUACUUUAUUAUCCUUUAGUCCCUCUAACUCUAUUUAUUUGUUUAUAUUCAAUCAGGCUCAUACAAUGAUACCGAAUGCAUAAAAUAUUCCCAUCAAUCCAUUUUAAAGCUGGCGAAAUUUCUGAAGAUUUAGGCCAAAUUGAGUAUAUUUUAACUGACAAAACAGGAACUUUGACUAAAAAUGAGCUGACUAUUCAGGUUUGUAUAAUAGGUGAAACUCAGUACUGAGAAGAAGACAAUCAAGCUGAUUUCAUGGAAAUAGAUUCAGCUUAUUUUUAUUCUAGUGAAACCAGAGUAAGCCCUUUAUGUGAUACAAAUCCGGCUACGAUGAGACAGAGAGCUAAAUCUGACUCAAAUAGAUUUUCUGAUUUAAAGCGAGAAAUAUUGGCAACUGAAAAAAGCAAUAAUGUUUUUAAUUUUUUUCUAUGCAUGGCUGUAUGCAACAGCAUGUUUUUGGAACAAAAUGGGGAACUGACUGCUAUUUCUGCAGACGAAAGAAUACUUGUGCAAACUGCAGGGAAAUUAGGUGUAAAACUCGUAAGCAGAAGCCAGCACUAUUGCGAAAUUAAGAUUAAUGAAGAAUUUUAUGGGUAUGAAAUUAUAGGGUUGCUGCCAUUUACUUCAGAAACCAAAGUGUCUAUGAUUUUGGUAAGAAAAAUUGGAGAAAAUGAAAGCAUCUUGCUAGCAAAAGGAAACAAAGAAAAAAUGCUGAAUUUAUUUGAUAUUGAAUUUGAAGAAAAAUCCAACAUCGAAGAAAUGACAUUGCUUACCCGAGGACUAAUAGGCAUGAGAAUCCUAAUUUUUGGCUAUAAAAGAUUGUCAAAAACUGAAACUGAUUUAUUUCUAAUUGAUUAUAAAAAUGCAAAAUACUGCCCAGUCAACAAAGAAGGCAGAAUUGAAAGUGUUUUUGAAAAAUACCAAAAUAAAAUGCAAUAUUUAGGGAUGGUUGGGCUAGAAGAUAAAAUUUCAGAAGAAACCAAAGAAGCUGUAAAUUUAUUGACACAAGCUGGGAUUAAGCUAUGAAUCCUUUCUGGAGACUCAGAAGAAAGCACAAUCCGAGCUGGAGUUGGGUCAGGAAUUUAUGAGGAAAGUGUAAGAAUGAUAAGGAUGACCAAUUUUAAGUCUGAAGAACAUUGUUUAAAAGAAAUGCAAAAACAGGUUGAAGAAUGCAUUUAUCAUAGACAUAAACGGUCAAGCAGAUGUGAAAAUGAAGAAUCUUUUAAUAAGAAAAGAAGCCCGAUACAGAGAACUGAAAGGUUUGAAAUUUCAGAAGAAGUUAAUUCAGAGCCGAAUUUGUUAGUGGAAAGAUCUCAAGAGCUUUCAGCGAAAAAUACAUCAGAGGAUGAGCAUAUUUUGAGAAUGAAGAGAAGUACUGAUAUAAAACAGCUGGAAAGAAUUUAUCAUGAAUCUCUGCAGAUUUUUAUAUCAAAUUUAACAGACACUAAUAAAGGAAAAUUUACUUUAGAUGGACAUUUUAACCCUAACUCCAUUUAUUAUGUGGUUUCUGUGGAUAAAUCUGGAUUGGAAUAUGGACUCAGCUCCAGGGCUCAUCGUGAAUGUUUUGCUGCCCUUUUGUUUUCGGCUCAUUCUGUGAUUUUUCACUCUUUGUUUCCUGAUCAGAAACGAAAAGUUGUGAAAUUUUUGAAAAAUAACUUUGACUUUAAUCCGGUAGUAUUGGCAGUAGGGGAUGGGAAUAAUGAUCUUGGAAUGAUACAAGAAGCACAUAUAGGAGUCGCGAUAAGAGGAAAUGAAGGAAGAUAUGCAGAAAAUGCUGCAGAUAUUGUGAUAAAUGAUUUUUCACAGCUAAAAGAGCUGCUAUUUUAUAUUGGAAAUUCGAAUUUUCGAAGAAUUUGUAAUGUGGUUUUGACAAGUUUUUAUACAAAAUUUUUAUUGGUAACAGUGCUUUUUUACUUCAAUGCAAACUCUCAAUGGAUGUGUUUUAAUGACGUGGUGAAUUAACUCACCCUCUUAACUUCUGUAGCCGACAUCUGGAAGGGUUUGGGGACCUUGAGGAAGGGAGGUUGGCUUCGAUAAGUGUAUCCGCUUUGGUUUCGCUCAAUGUCGAGCUGACAGACCGCAGGCUUUAAUCCAAUGCCAAGUUUUAACCUCAGAGAUGGGUCCAUAAGUUGGAAAGGGGUUUUCCAGCAGUGUCAAUAGCGUCGUCUUGACCAAUCGGGACUAUUCACCCUACGCAAAGCAAGGAGUUAGACCCUGGGCAUCGGAUUCCCAUCUUAGCCGAGAGUCGACCAGAAAAUUCAACUCUUUUGAAUUUUCAAUAGUGGGCUAUCUAUGACGUAUGGUACGGUGCAGAUUUCAAGGUAGUAUGCGUAGGGCCCAUGCCUGAUUGAAGCAAGACUUUGAAGGUGAUGAGACUCCUGUCGGCGAAUUGAGCUAGUGGAGCGUUAUGGAAGGGACAGAGAGCCUUUCUAUAAUCUAACUAAGCAUAAGUAUAAUUGCAAGUUCUCAAUGAUCAGGUGGGCAUUUAUUUGGAGUUAACAUGACAUUUUUAUAUAUCUUUUUAUUCAAUGCAUUUUUAGUGGGGGUUUAUGGGAUUUAUGACGAAGAUCUUACCCCCUUAUCUAACGAGUAAAAAUAAUUAGAAAAAUUCAAUAUUUUUGGGGAAAUUAAGCCUUAGUUAGCAAGCAAAUGUAACCAAUUAUUUUUAUAUGAAAAAUCCGGCAAACUUUAUAAGUUAAACUAGAUUUUUUCAUUCAAAUAUUCACAAAUUUGAAUUUUUUUUAAAUAAUAUUUUUCUACGACUGGCGAGCCAAUUAGAUUUUUUUUGCUCACUUACUAAGGGGCGUGAUUUAGCUGAUUCCAAUAUUUAGAGCAUCCUCAAGCUUAUUCAAUAGGUUUUUUUAGACCUUUUUUAAGUUUUGGAAGAUAUUUUUUAUAUAUGUUUAAAGGAAUUAUCCAAGGGACAAUAAUAUGAUAUUUUGCGUACAAAUUCGGCUCUGGAAUCUCUUCAAAUGGGCAUCCAGUAGAUUUAGAAAUAAUGGGAUUCGUAGUCGCCAUUGUGCUUUGCUUAUGCAUAGCAUGUGUAUUACUAGUAGAAAGCAGCUCAAUUAACAUCUUCACAAUCGGAGCACAAAUCAUAUGUCUUCUGACAUUAAUUUUAGCUUGCUUUUUAUUUACUUAUGAUAGCACUAGUGAAAUCUGGCUAGUUGGAAUUUUUAAUGACCUCUCAAAAAUCCCAUCAACCUGAAUUUUUAUUUUUAUUGUCCCUCUGAUAUCUGUUAUUAUAUCCUACUGAAUAAAAGCUUGGACUUUUAUAUUUUUCCCUUCAAUAAUUGACAAAAUCAAAAGCCUAAAGGCUCAUAAUUUCCUAUUUGAAAUCAGAUCUCGGCUAUAUGACUAUAUCUCCAGGCUGCAUUUAUUAUAUAAGGACUCUUGCAAUUGAAGAUAUAAAAUCGAGCUCGAUGCCUUUGAAAUUGACAAAUGGAAAUUAAAAUUUGCGUCUGAAGUAAGAGAGAAGGAAUACCAAACAAAAGAUAUGAAUGAAAAUUUCGUCUCAUAUAGGAACAUUUUUGUGAUCUUAAUAUUUUUUAUUAUAUUCUAUCAACUGCUUGCAUACUCAAUUGACACUGAUAAUAAAGCACUAAUUGCUUUUUAUACUGUGCUUCCGUCUCUUACUAUUUGGUUUUUCAUAUCUUUGGCUCCUGCUUUAAAAAGCUAUUAUAAGUGGCUGGUUUUAGCAUUUUUUGCUAUGAUUUCUAUAUUUAUUUUGAUAAAAAAUUAAGCUAAGUGAAGUGUUAUGAGGCAAUAAGCUGAUAAACAACUAGCCUGCCUAUCUGGCAUAACCCACCCAACUAAGGAUUAGCCCUAGGCUUGAGUCACCUCUUGUGGAUCUCCGCUCGUCAGAUAAGCAAAUAAAAUUUGAGGCAAAAUCUAUCUAGCCCACCUGGCAGCGCAGGGAAACUUUCAGGAAGAAACAAAGCGACCCUCUUCGGCAGAUUUCCUACUCAAGGCCUACUUCAAAAAGUGACAGAGGCACUAUUUUCAGCUUCAUCGGAGCGGGUCCUGCCUAUUCCAUAGGAAAUGUGUUUCGAAGUCCAUCUUCCAUCGAUUUCACAAUUUUAUUUCCUCUAUUUUGAUACAAGGAAUCUUCACACAAACCAAAAGCUCACAAGGGUUCCCACUGCUUAUUAUAGUAGGGCUAACGUGUCUUAAUUCAUACUGGCAUGAUUUGUCAAUUUUUUAUUUAUUUUUAGUAGCUUGUGUAGGAGUCAACAUCUGUAUCCAAAGCGGUCAUGAUUAUAGCACGACAGCAGAAGUCAUCCUUAAAACUAUUGAGUACAUGAAUUUAUAUCUAUCAAUUUAUAUUGAAUCAAGCAUAAUUGGCUAUUGCAUCAAUAAAUCCAAAAGAUCUGAAUACGUCCUUUAUAAUCAAGUCCAAUUGGAUUUCGAAAAAUCUUUAGCUGUGUUAAGCUAUCUUUUACCUCCAUUUGUGAUGAAUCGCGUAAAAAAUGGCGACAGAGCUAUUGCAGAAGACCAAGGGAUUGUUUCUGUUCUAUUUUGCGAUAUUGAUAAUUUUGAUUCUAUUAUAGAAAGCUACCAAUCUCAAGAAAUCACUGCAUUUCUUGGAGAAAUUUUUGGAAAAUUUGAUCAGCUAUGCGACUUGGUUGGGGUUACCAAAAUAGAAACGGUUGGAAAAACGUAUAUGGCCUGCGCAGGGCUCAUUGAAUGUGAAGCUGAAAUGGAUCCUACAUUUAGCACUGUUCCUCAUGCAAGAAGAGCUGUAGAAAUGGGAUUGGCAAUGUUAAGGACUGCAAAAACGAUUUACUUAAAAAAUGGAGAGCCGCUUCGACUAAAAAUUGGGAUUAAUAGUGGACAUGUUACAGCUGGGGUUGUUGGCUACCACAAGCCGCAGUUUUCUUUAGUAGGAGAUACAGUGAAUACAGCAAGCCGAAUGGCAUCAACUCUAAAAGAGCCUAAUUCAAUACAAAUUUCAAUGGCUACUUAUAACAUGAUUUCUGAUAAGCGAGGCCUUGAAUUUAUAUUAAAAACAGUCCAAGUAAAAGGCAAAGGAGAAAUGGAGACCUGGCUUGUCAGCGUUUCAACUCAGCUUGGAGAGCUUCCAAGUCCAACCAGAGAUGGCCCAAUUCAAAAUUAUUAUUCAAGCCAUGAGCUAUCACCACUGCCACGAAUUCGGCAGAAUUGUCAAAAAAAGCUUUCUGGCAAAAGAUCAUCUUUAUUUAGAAGACUUGAUAUUCAAGACGCAGACUCAAUAUUUCAAAAAAGUAACACAGAGCUUUCGCUAGCUCCCCCCUUUUAAAUUGGAGCAAAACAUAGGUAAAUUUCCAUUUUAUAAAAUUAGUUUUGACCUAAUUUAUUGGUAAAAGUGCAAGUUGAAUAUUAUUUAAACAGUUUGUUCACUAAUUCUAUUAAGAAUUAAUUUUUCAUAAAAUAAUUAAAAUUGAAAAAUAUUGUAUCCAAUUUUUUUUUUUAAAAAUAUUUUUAUAUGUUUAAAAAAAAAAAAUUAAUCCCCUUUUAAAUUGAGCUGAAUUUUUUAUUCCAAUUUAAAGGCGGGGAGUAGUAAGGUCGAAAUGGCUCCUAUGUGGGAUUGUGGACGAUGACAAAGAAAAAGGGUUUAGGCAUGAAAUUAGGAUACUGAAUUAUCCUAUUUAUCAUUAUGGACUACUUAUAGCAUCUAUUAGCAUUGGCUUUUGUGCAAUUAUUGAAGGCUUUAAAACUAAGUAUGCGAAUGGGACCUACAUAAUGAUGACGAAAUAUAUAUGUGAGAGUGUUAGCUAUAUAAUAAUGCUUUUUGUGAUGAAAAAGUAUUAUAAAACAAGAGCCUAUGCGAAAACACUUCAUUGCAUUUAUUGUGCUUAUACAUUUAUAGGAAUGAUAAUAUAGAACUUUCUCUUCAAUAGCGCGAAAAAAGAAGUGCAUCCUGGUUUAACUAAAAGGUCUUUGGACCAUGAAAAUCUGCUGUUCCUUCUCCAUAAGAGAGGAAAAUAGUGAAAAUGAAGAAUUCUGCCCGAUCCAGUUUCGAGAACUGGAGGGAUAAUUUUGUUCUGAGUUAAGAAUACCUGAGUUAUUGUGGAAUUUUGAUUUCUUGCAAAAUUUUUAAUUUUUAAUAGAUUUUGGUUCGACAAAUGGUUCUGACGAGUUAAUUCUGGCAGGCACUUGAAAUAAAAAAAUAAAUAAUUGUCAUAAUUUUUUAUUUUUCUGAUGUUAAGGAUGAUCAGAAAUUUUAAUAAAUGUCACAGGAUCAAAAAAAACAAACUUAAAGAUUAGUGAAAGCAAGCAUAAAUGUUAUAGCUAUAAGGGGCCAAGAUAUUUGAUAACAAAAUAAUAAGAAUUCUAAUAAAUAAUUUUGCCAACAUUUUAGCUAAUUUUUAGGAACUAACUUUUAUAUUUCUCAAAUUAAUUUUUCUUAUUUUAAAUUUCGCUAUUUGAUGCUUUUGUUUUCUCUUUCUGAACUUGAACAUAAAUUCAUUUUUAGACUUUUUUUUGUUAGUUUAAGCCGCCAUCUUGAUUUUGUACCCAUAUAAAAAAAUUAAAAACUCUUAAGUCACCACAUGCGGUUUCAUUCAAAGCAUGAUAUUUGAGAACUAAAAUAAGCUAUUUGGUGCCUUUAUUUUCCGCUUUCUGGACUCGAGCACAAAUUCAUUUAUGAAAAUUUUUUGUUCGUUUAAGCCGCCAUCUUGAUUUUAUAAGCCAUUAAAAAAAUUAAAACUCUUAAGUCACCUCAUGCGGUUUCAUUCAAAAAGCUAAUUGGUGCCUUUAUUUUCCGCUUUCUGGACUCGAGCACAAAUUCAUUUUUUAACAUUUUUUGUUCGUUUAAGCCGCCAUCUUGAUUUUGUACACUAUAUAAAAAAAAUUAAAACUCUUAAGUCACCUCAUGCGGUUUCAUUGAGAACUUGGUAUUUAAAGUUUUAAAAACAGCUAUUUGAUGCCUUUUAUUUUCCGCUUUCUGUACUCGAGCACAAAUUCAUUUUUUAACAUUUUUUGUUCGUUUAAGUCGCCAUCUUGAUUUUGUAAAAUCUGAUCAUCCUUAACAUCAGAAAAUUAAAAAAUUAUGACAAUUAUUCAUUAUUUAUUUCAAGUACUAGCCAGAAUCGGCUCGUUAAAACCAUUUAACGAACCAAAAUAUAUUAAAAUUAUAAAUUUUUGCAAGAAAUCAAAAUUCCACAAUAACUCAGGUAUUCUUAAUUCAGACCAGAAAAAUUUCCUUCAAGUUCUCGAGACUGGAUUGGGCAGAACUGUUCAUUUUUACUAUUUUCCUCUCUUAUGGAGAAGUAACAGCAGAUUUUCAUGGUCCAAAGACCUUUUAGUUAAACCAAGAUGCACGCCUUAUCGCGCUAUUGAAGAGAAAGUUCUAUAGCUUUUGCUGAAGGGCAUUUAUCAAAUGAGUUUUGUAUUGGAUUUUAUUAUCAUAUGAUUUUAAUCACUCAUUGCAGUCAAUUAAUUUUUACUCUCCCCUUUUAAAUUGGAACAAAAAAUCCUGUUCCAAUUUAAACUGGGAGCUAAUUUUUUAUUUAAAAGUUAAAAGAAUAAAAUUUAACGCAAUACUUUAUUUUUAUUAAAAAUUAAUUUAAAAAAUUAUUCAGCCUAGUGCAAAGCACAAUAAUAUAUCAGUGCGAAAACUGUUUACAUAUUAUUCUAGCUGCACUUUUUAUAUUAAUUUAGGUCAAAAAUAAUUUUAUAAAAUAAUUUCACCUAUUAAAUUUUCCUAUUAAAAAAUCUAGUUUAAUUAAAGUGUGUUUAAUAUUUAAAUUUCACCUAUGUUCUUUCCAAUUUAAAAGGUGGAGGCGGUUAGAGAAAUUUUUUGGACUGCGAUAUUCUUUUGCGCCCUCAGAAUUUUACUCAUUUCUAUAGACCAGAAGCCUGAAUUUGCCACUUUUAUAUUAUCUACUCUAGUUUACGUAGGAUUCUUAUUAUAUAUGAUUUAUAAUCGAGAAUUCCGAAUACGCAAACUCUCAAAUCUCAAAAUUAUUUCCAAAAAAGAGCACGAAAAAACUGAGACCUUGAAUAAGAAAAUGAUGCCUCCUCAUGUCUAUCAAAAGCUUAAAGAAGAAAUAAUAAUCACUGAUAAUCUCCAUGAAAUUCCAAUUCUUUAUGCUGAUAUCGUAGGAUUUACGUCCUGGGCAGCCAACAACAGCCCAAAAGAAGUGGUAAGGAUGCUUUCAGAACUUUUUACAAGAUUUGAUAAAUUUUGUGUGGAAAAUAAUAUCUACAAAGUCCAUACAAUUGGAGACUGCUAUGUAGCCAUGGCUUAUAAUGAAAACGAAAAAGAAAGCAGAGACUCUAUAAGAGAUUGUGUCUCUAUGAUUGAUUUUGCUCAAACAAUGAUUAAUAUUAUAAAAGAAGUCAAUGAAAAAAACCAUACAGAAUUAAAUAUGAGAAUUGGGCUUCAUGUUGGAAAUGUUAUUGGAGGGAUCACUGGGACUAACCUUAUAAGGUAUGACAUAUAUGGGACUGAUGUACAAAUUGCUAAUAAAAUGGAAAGCCAUGGAGAACCUGGUAAAAUUGUUGUUAGUGAGACUAUCAAGGAAAUGCUGCAAAUUCUUUUAUGCGGAAAAUAUAUUUUUGAAUUUUGGAAAAAAAUCGCCCUGCAUAAUGGAACAACAAUCAGUUCUUACGUACUUUUGGAUUCAGAGCCACAAAGGAGUGAAAUUUUUAAUACCGAUGAGAUUGGGUCAUAA